AAUGAAUUUAUAAGACAAUUAAAAAAAUAAUUAUGUUAAUUUUUGGAGGGAAGCAUAAAUAAAAAGGCUGGUUUUUAAAUAUCGAGAUGAAAAGAGACAAAAAUAUGUUAUUAAAAAAAUGGCUGACAUCAUGAUUGUGGCGGUAGAAUUUCUAACAAAUUAAUUGACAUGACACACAAAAAUGAUUGACAUAAUAACAAAAAAAAAAAUUUAAGCUAUCUCACUGCCUGACACGUAUUUAAUUGUCAGUUGUGGAGGCUGAUCAACAUUCAACAUUCACUCCGCCUCUUUUAACUAUAACACUCUUGUUUAAAUCAAAAUUAAUUUAACGUAGUUGUUUUACAUACGCAUUGAUAUUUUGGUGAUAAUUUCAAUUUGCAUUGUGAUAAUAAUAUGUCAAAUUUAAUAAUUGAAUCCUUGAUUAAGGAGUCAAUAUCAGAUGAGGAUCUUGAUGAAAUUGUUGAUAAAGCCAAGGAUUAUGCUAUCCAACAUGGUGUUUGCAUGUGUUUCAAGAACAAUUAUGACAGAAAUAAAGUACAAUUAUCAAGAUUUGUUCUGGUACCAACUAGUUUUCCUAAAUUGGAAUUUGAAAAAGGCAUUGUCAUUCAAAAAAUACUCAAUAAAUUAAUCCACAAGGUUGCAUAUGAUCAUGAUUUUAUCUCUAAAACCACCAAAAGUGUCAUUGAAGCUGAUAAUUUUACUGCUGAGUUAUUUAAAAUUUAUCAAACAGUUUAUCAAGAAGGUAUUACUCAGAAAUAUAGCCUGGGACUUUUUAGAUCAGACUAUAUGCUUGAUGAUUCAUUGAAAAUAAAACAAGUUGAAUUAAAUACAAUUGCUUCUAGUUUUGGUGGUCUUUCAUCACAAGUAACAAAGUUACAUAAAUAUAUACUUUGUGAACUUGAUAAUGAUGAUAAAAUAAAUCAUCUUCCAGAUAAUGAAACAGCAAGUGGUCUUGCUGAUGGACUUGUUGCAGCAUGGAAUAUUUAUGAUAAUAAUCAAGGACGAAUAUUAUUUGUAACUGAAGAAAAAACUUGUAAUAUUUGUGAUCAACGUGCUAUUGAAUAUUUGAUUCGUGAAAAAAAUUUAAAAAUUAAAGUCAUCAGAAGAACAUUCAAGUAUCUCAUUGAAAAUGCUAAAUUGAGACCCAACAAAGAGCUAAUUGUGGGUAAUGAUUUGGUGUCUGUUGUUUAUUAUCGUACCGGUUAUGAAGUUGAAGCAUAUCCAACUCAAAAUGAGUGGUCAGUUAGAUUAUUAAUUGAACGAUCACGUGCAAUUAAAUGUCCAUCAAUUCAGUAUCAUCUUGCUGGAACGAAAAAGGUUCAACAAGUAUUGAAUAAUCCAAAAAUAUUAAAACAAUUUUUAAAUGACGAAGAGGCUAGGCAAAUUCAAGAUGUAUUUGUUGGACUUUAUUCUCUUGAAUUGAAUGAAGAGGGUGAUAAAGCUGUUGAGAUGGCAAUGAAUGAACCAGAAAAAUAUGUUUUAAAACCACAACGUGAAGGUGGUGGUAAUAAUAUUUAUGGUGAAAAUGUUAAAACAACAUUGGAAAAUAUAAAAAAUUCACAAGAACGUAGUGCAUUUAUAUUGAUGGAAUUGAUAAAAGCACCUGUUCAAAAAAAUUAUAUAAUAUCUCCUGAUAAUAAAAGACCACAGUUACAAGAUUGUCUAUCAGAAUUGGGAAUUUAUGGCUACAUUAUUGGGGAUUAUAAUGAAAUUAAAGAAAAUCAACAAAUUGGUCAUGUGAUACGUACAAAACCUUGUGAUGAAAAUGAGGGAGGAAUAAUUGCUGGUGCUGGAGCACUUGACAGUCCUUACCUCUACAAUUAA